AGAAAGGGCGUGGAGCCCAUGAGACACCGACCCGAAAAUCCUCCACACGUAACAGAAACCAAAACGAAACGGAAAUUACAACCUCCAGAAUAUUCCGAUCUAUUUCAGAUGAUCAUCAUCAUCAUCGUAUAAUCCAGAUUUUUGUUAAUCGAUUGGUGAAUAAUAUGAAUCACAAGGCCAACGUAUCCAAGGAGCUUAAUGAACGCCACCGAAAAAUACUCGAAGGGCUUCUUAAAUUGCCAGAGAACAAAGAAUGCGCUGAUUGCAAAGCGAAAGGUCCUCGAUGGGCUAGCGUGAAUCUUGGCAUCUUUAUAUGCAUGCAAUGUUCUGGAAUCCACAGAAGCCUUGGAGUUCACAUAUCAAAGGUGAGAUCGGCUACACUGGACACAUGGCUUCCGGAACAGGUUGCGUUUAUCCGGUCAAUGGGAAAUGCGAAAUCAAAUAGUUAUUGGGAAGCAGAACUACCUUCAAAGUACGACAGAGUUGGCAUCGAGAAUUUCAUUCGCGCAAAGUAUGAAGAAAAAAGAUGGGCUGCUAGAGAUCAAAGACCAAUUUCACCUUCUAGAUUUCAAGAAAAUAAAGCCUCUACACAAUGGCAAAAACAUGAAUCCUCUAUAUCUGAUAAUAAGAAGAGAUUUCACUCAUUUCAGACACAAAGUACAAAGAGCAACAUUUGUGCUACAAAAAUCACUCUCCCUGUGCCUCCAAAAGCAUCGGACGUGGUACGGAAAGCUGAGUCAGCAGUUGUAUCUGUUGAUAAUGUAAAGGAGGCUGCUGAAGUGGUCUCUCCUAAAGUGGAGGUUGCUACUGAUCUUUUCGACAUGCUUUCUAUGGACGCUGAUCCUGUUAAGAAUGGUUCGAAAGCAACUCCUGUAGAUGAUUUAUGGGCAGGAUUUGAAUCUGUUGGCGAAACAUCGGAAACAGAUACAGCAAGUGCUUUGAAACCUAACAAGUCCAAAUCCGCUUCUGAAAUUCAGGAUUUAUUCAAAGAUCCACCUCCAGUUUCUCAAAACAAUGCAUCAGAAAAGCCUCAGAAGGAUGUUAAAAGCGAUAUUAUGAGCCUUUUCGAGAAGCAGGGUAAUACAACCACAUCAUAUACUCUUCAUCAUCAGCAGCAGCUUGCCAUGCUGGCACAACAACAAUCCUUAAUUAUGGCAGCUGCCGCUAAAUCAGGUGGAUUGCCUAAAUUUUCCGGAAACUGGCAACAGCCACUGCCUGUUGGUACAAAUUUACCGAAUCAAAAUUGGCCAACCGGUUACCAAAUUCCGGGAAUGAUGAUGCCGGCUGGCGGAAAAGAGGAACUAGAAAAAUACUUUCGGCAGAUGAGAAACAUGGGAGCAACAAAUUCAGACGGAUUAUCAGUUCAGGUUCCAACAUCCAGCAGCUUUUACGCUACGGGGCUAAGUGGGAUGCCACUUUCUGGAUCGAUGACUCAAAAUGCGUCUUUUAACAAAGUAGGCACAUCUGGACCGUCAAAAUCACAAUCUUCUUCACCAACAUCAUCCUUGUCUCCUACACGAUCUGCCAAAGACUAUGAUUUCUCUGCAUUGACCCAAGGGAUGUUCUCAAAACCAUAAUCUAUUUAUUGUUUCUUUGUGCAAGUUUUAUAGUAUACCAUAAAUUGUUAGUCUAAAAGAAAAAGAUAUAUCGGUAAAUGCAGACUAAUUGUAGAAAACUUGAUUUCAGUUUCUUUCUCAUGACAUAUUUACAUUUUCUCAUUUUCC